CUUUCAUCCUUGUGUUUACGUACAGAUAAUAAUUCACGUGGUGAAUUUCUUGGUCCACUGUUCGUUGAAGACAAGGUAAACGGCAACAGCUAUUACUACCCAAAAGGCAUUUACUACGUUAUGGACUACUUCAAAACCAAAUACGGAGACCCUUUAAUCUAUGUCACCGAGAACGGAUUUAGUACCCCCAGUGAAGAAACCCGUGAGCAGGCUUUUGCCGAUUACAAGCGAAUUGAUUAUCUAUGCAGCCAUCUGUGUUUUCUCCGCAAGGUCAUCAAGGAGAAGGGUGUCAACGUAAGAGGUUAUUUCGCAUGGGCUCUUGGAGACAACUAUGAAUUCUGUAAAGGCUUUACCGUCAGAUUUGGACUCAGUUACGUUAAUUGGGAAGAUCUGGACGAUAGAAACCUCAAAGAAUCUGGCAAAUGGUACCAGAGGUUCAUUAAUGGAACCGUCAAGAACGCUGUGAAACAAGAUUUCCUCCGCUCAAGCCUCUCUUCCCAGAGUCAGAAGAAGAGGCUCGCUGAUGCAUGAAACACUUUCCCCCCGUCAAGACCAUGUCCAUGUCUCUCACUCUUUCUAGUUGCUCCAAAGUUCUAUCAUCCUGAACUGAAACUUAAUGGUAUUUUCCAUAUGAUUUUUUUAUCAUUCAAAUGAUUUUAUUUUAUUUUCGUUCUUAUAUAAUCAAGAAAACCAAAAGAAGCUAAACCGCAGUACUUUGUGUUUUAUGAAUGCUUC